AUGGGGGAGUGGGCGUUCCUCGGCUCGCUGCUGGACGCCGUGCAGCUGCAGUCGCCGCUCGUGGGCCGCCUGUGGCUGGUGGUCAUGCUGAUAUUCCGCAUCCUGGUGCUGGCCACGGUGGGCGGCGCCGUGUUCGAGGACGAGCAGGAGGAGUUCGUGUGCAACACGCUGCAGCCGGGCUGUCGCCAGACCUGCUACGACCGCGCCUUCCCCGUCUCCCACUACCGCUUCUGGCUCUUCCACAUCCUGUUGCUGUCGGCGCCCCCGGUGCUCUUCGUCAUCUACUCCGUGCACCGGGCCAGCAAGGAGCCGGGCGGCGCGGACGCCGGCGCGGGGGCGCCGGGGAGCCCGGGGCGCCCGGGGGGCCGCCGCGCGCGCCGCUGCUACCUGCUGAGCGUGGCGCUGCGCCUGCUGGCCGAGGUGGCCUUCCUGGCGGGCCAGGCGCUGCUCUACGGCUUCCGCGUGGCCCCGCACUUCGUGUGCUCCGGCCCGCCGUGCCCGCACACCGUGGACUGCUUCGUGAGCCGGCCCACCGAGAAGACCGUCUUCGUGAUCUUCUACUUCGCCGUGGGGCUGCUCUCGGCGCUGCUCAGCGUGGCCGAGCUGGGCCACCUGCUCUGGAAGGGCCGCCCGCGCGCCGGCCGCUGUCGCCGGGAGGCCGAGCGCGACAACCGCUGCAACCGCGCGCACGAGGAGGCGCAGCAGCUGCUCCCGCCGCCGCCGCCCUCCCUGCCCUCCCUGCCCGCCCGGCGCCCGGGCCCCGACCCCGACGCCCCGCCCGCCUAUGCGCACCGGGCGGCGGCCGGCGACAGCGAGGGCGACAGCGGCCGCAGCAAGGCAUCGCGGGCCACCGUCCGCCAGGACCUGGCCAUCUAG